GGCAGCUACACGCUCCUCGAGGUGAUUGGGCAGGGCACCUUUGGCGAGGUGCUGCUCGGGGUGGAGCGCUGCACGCGCGAGCCGGUCGCCGUCAAGGCUCUUGAGCGGUGCAAGAUCUGCGAUGAGGACUCGCGCGAGCGGCUGGCGAACGAGAUCUCCAUCUUGCACCGCGUGCACCACGCGAACCUGCUCCAGCUGCUCGAGGUGGUCGAGGAGGUCGACGCCAUCUACCUCGUCACGGAGCACGUCGGCGGCGGCGAGCUCUUCGCGCACAUCGUCAAGAAGGGGCGGCUCGGCGAGGCGGAGGCGGCGCGGCUCUUCGGGCAGAUGGUUGCUGCGGUGGAGUCGUGCCACCGCAACCUCGUCAUCCACCGCGACCUCAAGCCGGAGAACGUCCUCCUCGACGCCCGCGGCGACAUCAAGGUGAUCGACUUUGGGCUCGGCACCAUCCUCUCCUCCCCCGAGGAGGUGCUCGACGUCGCUUGCGGCUCUCCGCACUACGCCGCGCCAGAGAUGCUCCUCGGCGGCGGCUACCUCGGCCAGCGAGUCGACCUCUGGUCGCUCGGCGUCUGCCUCUACGCGAUGCUCUGCGGCUGCCUCCCCUUCGACGAGCCAGACAUGGACGCGCUCUACGACCGCAUCAUCGGAGUCGACUUCGACUUUGCGCCCGCGCCAGGCCUCUCCGCGGCAGCAAAGGACCUGCUCUGCGGCCUGCUGCACAUGCCUCCCGACGAGAGGAUCACCGUGCGAGGCGUCCUCUCGCACAAGUGGCUGCGC